AUGAAGCUCACCCUUGCUGCCUCCAUCCUAGCCUUCUGCGCCACGCAAGUCGCAGCCAACGGCUCCAUCACCGCUUGCAAGAGUAACAAUGGCGCCGACUGCACGACUAUCACAGGCCUUGUACCCCCAAAGAACUGCAAUGGCGGAUGCGCUAAAUUCGCCGCCGGUACGGAAAAGAGUGUGAAGGCCGCGCAUGUGGAUCAUGAUGUCAAUGGACACGAUUAUUGCUUCACGGUCUACACGGACGACAACUGCAAUACGGGAAAACGCAAGGUUCCCACUGGUAACUUCAUCAAUGGGAAUUUCAAGGCCUUCUCGUACGACUGCUGCUAG